AUGCAUGGACAUGAUGAGGUUAUUGAACUUCUUAUCCUCACAUACAAGGCCAAUCCUAAUCUGAGAGAUCACUGUGGAAAAAAGCCAAAGCAGUAUUUGAGCAGUUCUGCAUCAGCAAAAUGUCAACAGAUUUUACAAACACGGACACAUACUGAUAAACCUUUGGAUGAGUUUGAACGUUCAGAAGCAAUUCGAAAAAGCAAACGAGUUGCUGCAAUUGGCAAUCUGAUCAACAGUUCAAACAUUAUGAAAGCCCAGCCAAUUAUGAGAUCAAGCUGGGGAGGAUCAUGUGAAGAUCUGUACUUUGAUCGAGGAAGUGGAUUUUCGUCUCAUUCACAAAGCCCUUCUAGCAGCCGAGAAACCUCUCCAGUGUUGUCAAAGAAAGAUUUGGGUGCUUCAAGUUUGAUGCCUCCCCCAACAGCCCCAGCUCGGAAGAAGAAGCAACGUGCUAAAACUAUGUAUACCAGCAAAGAAAAUUUGCAGUUUGAGUUUCCGGUGAUUCCAAUCCGGAAGAAUGAUUCUAAUAAUUCAAUUGAUCACUUGCAAGUCCCAUCAUCAUCUUUUGUGUAA